AUGAAGAACACGAGCACUCUCACAAGCAUUCCCUCACCUCGUCCUACCACUAGCCACCUUUCCAUCGUGCGCCGUCUUGCAGACGUGGAGUGCAUUUCGGAGUUCGCGGCUGCCAUGCUCACCCCGCCUGACUGCUCCGAGUGCAAAAGGUGCAUCAAGCGCUACACCUCCCACAUCCCCUUCGUCACCUUCAUUGCCAACUACGCCUACCGUCCCUCCAGUGUCCUGUUCUACCGCUUCCUCUCCGCGUUCCUGCCGCACUCCAAGGAGUUCAACAACCUCGUCAGCAUGUUGGGCCUGGACCCUUUACCCAUGGGCGCCUCUCUGGAGGAAAAGAGGGAGAAUCUUGAGCGCGUGCGGGCUCAGGCAAAGCGUGUGCUCGUUGCUCUGCUGCUCUGCAUUGCACUGUAG